GGGCAGGCUGGGGAGCAGAGAGGGGCGGUGAGCAGUUGCUGGCACAGGCACAUAGGGGUGCCAAAGAGAAGUGACCUCCUGCCCUUCUAGGGCUGGUAGGGCCAAACUGUUUUAAGGACCCAGAACCCAGAUUUCCUGUUUAAAUCCUUUCAUUUGCAAUCUUUAAAAAAAGGGAGAAGAGGAAGACUACUUACUGAGGGCAAGAACUAGAUUGCUUCAGAAGCUCCAGAAACAUUCAUUGCCAGCCACCUAACCCUGCUCAACUCCACCCAGCCCCACCACCCAAUCCCCUUAAAGCAGAGCUGCCCGAGGAGAAGUACAGCUGAGUGAGCAGGAAAAACCUUAGAGUGAACUUGGCAUUCAGGAACUGGACGCCCAGCAGUACAAGAAAGAGGAUCUUUGUCCCCUUCUUGUUGUUCUGAAAACCUGAGACCCGGAGUUCUAUCUCCAUCAUCACACAGGAAACUGAGAACUUCCGACUCAUUCAGGACCUUGCCCUUGAAUUCAUAAAGCAUCUAAAACCUUCAGAAACAAACACUUCGUGGACACAGUCCCCUGAAGCCAGACAGCUUUGUGUCCUGACUGCCCCCGACGUGUGCGCCUUCAGCUCUAAAAUGGGGAAUGACCGUGGUACCCAUUCAAGGGCUGCUUAACACUGAGUCCAGCGCCGAGUCCACAGGAAGCUCUCAGGAAGCCUUGAGCCCACUGCCUUUAACAGCAGAUACACACAGAAACCUUUCCCUUGACCCGUGGCAGAAGCCAGCAUGGAAACUUCAACCACCGCAAAGGACUAUGAGAUGACCACCGAAUACGACUACGGGGACACGACCCCGUGCCAGAAGGUGCAGGAGCGGGCCUUUGGGGCCCAGCUGCUGCCCCCCUUGUACUCGGCGGUGUUUGUCAUUGGCCUGAUCGGCAACAUCCUAGUGGUCCUGGUCCUCAUGCAGUACAAGAGGCUCAGAAGCAUGACCAGCAUCUACCUCCUCAACCUGGCCAUUUCUGACCUCAUCUUCCUCUUCACGCUGCCCUUCUGGAUCGACUACAAGGUGAAGGAUGACUGGGUUUUCGGUGAAGCCAUGUGCAAGUUGCUCUCUGGGUUCUAUUUCAUAGGCUUAUACAGCGAGAUCUUCUUCAUCAUCCUGCUGACCAUCGACAGGUACCUGGCCAUCGUCCAUGCCGUGUUUGCUCUGCGGGCUCGGACUGUCACCUUUGGUAUCAUCACCAGCAUUGUCAUCUGGGGCUUGGCCAUCUUGGCUUCUGUCCCCGGCUUGUACUUUUCCAAGACCCAGUGGGAGUUCAGCCACUACACCUGCAGUCUUCAUUUUCCUCCUGAAAGCUUCACAGAGUGGAAGCAGUUCCAGGCUCUGAAACUGAACAUCGUGGGCCUGGUAUUGCCUCUGCUGGUCAUGAUCAUCUGCUACACAGGGAUUAUUAAGAUUCUGCUCAUAAGACCCAAUGAGAAGAAGGCCAAGGCCGUGCGUCUGAUUUUUGUCAUCAUGAUCAUCUUCUUUCUCUUUUGGACGCCCUACAAUCUGAGUGUCUUUAUUUCCGCUUUCCAAGAUUCCCUGUUUACCCGUAAGUGUGAGCAGAGCAGACAGCUGGACCUGGCCAUUCAGGUGACGGAGGUGAUCGCCUACACCCACUGCUGCGUCAACCCUGUAAUCUAUGUCUUUGUCGGCGAGAGGUUCCGCAAGUACCUGCGGCAGUUGUUCCAUCGGCUGGUGGCUGUGCACCUAGCCAAGUGGCUCCCCUUCCUCUCCACAGACAGGCUGGAGAGGGUCAGCUCCAUGUCCCCCUCCACAGGCGAGCAUGAGCUCUCUGCUGGGUUCUGACUCAGGCCCCUGGGGGCCAAUGCAGGACCCAGCAAGACUGACCUGCCGGGCAUGCUGGCUGGGGAGCAGGCAGCUUGGUCUCCCAGCAACUCUCUCACCUGAUGUGGAAUUCUGACCACAUGGGGUUGAGGGAAUUCCAAGGUGCUCAGGACAAAAUCACUGCUGGCAUUUGAAUUUUCUCCAUGAACUUCUCUUUUGUGGAAAGGAGAUGAAUGAAUGAAAUGGGACAUCACGCAAGACUGGGACAAAGGAUGACAGAGAAGGGCUUAGUCCCAAACAGGAGUUCAGAUUUGUGAACAUUAACAUUUGUAAACCAGCCACUGAGCAUCCACCGCCUUCAACACCGGUGAACUUGGAAACUGAUUUCCAUAGCUGCCUCUGCUCUGAACUGAGAGCCAAGCAUGAGCCUGCGGCCUCCUCCACCCACUCCCCCCAACCCCCAUGGCAGGAUUAGGUUCUUGGAAACCAUGAGGAACCUCGAGCUCCUGAUGGAAGAACUUGACACCUAGUGGGAAAUGGGAUUGGGGAACUGCUGUUGGCAGUGGGGCUGAGAAAGCCCUUGGGUAGAAUUUUUAUAACUAUUGAACUGGAAGAAUUCAGGCAGCGGGCUAGACACAGACAAAAUAUAUAAGAUGCUGUACUUCUGUCUUUCUGAAUAUUUUUCAAAAUCUCCCUUCCCUGUCAGUUGAGGGAUGUAGCAGUAAUUUCUGACAGCUUUAUUGCAGAAAUUAUUACCAGGCAACAGGAGACAGGGUUGAUUUUCUUCCUCUGGACCUCCAUCCAGACCUUAUAGUUGUAUGGAUCAGAGUUCUGGCUGCCACCUUGGACCGAUCAGCAGGACAGUGACCUGGUGUGCAAGUGGACAGGGUUUGAAGCUGGCAGGGAGGGCAAUGUCUACCAGGAGGGGUGGGGACUCUGUCAGUGUAGGAAGUCGAGGAACCCUUAACUCAAAGAAAUUCAUUUACCCUAAAGGUCCUUAACACCUCAGCUCUCGCCUGAAGUGAGACAUUUCUUUAUUCCCUUUUCCCUCAGUUGUACAUUUCUCUAAAAAAUAAUUUUUCCAAUAAUAUAAAUUAUUUACUAGAAAAGCUUAAAAACACAAACAGAGAAAAAAAAACAAAUGUCAAAAUCAUUCAUAAUCCCCUAGCCAGAAACAGCACUGUACAUUAUUUGAUACAUCUUUUAGUUUUAUCUUUGCUGUGCAUAUUUAUGUUUAUAAGCAAGAUGAACUUUGAUUGUGGUUACUCUUCUACUGUUGUUGUUUUUAAGCAGCAGCAUGUUGGGAUCACUUUCCCAGGCAAUAAAUCAUUUCUAAGCUUUGGCUUUGGGACCUGCGCUGAAUUCUGCCACUGGAAUGAACCCUAAUUCAUUUGCCAGUGUCCUCACGAUUGUUGGUGCAAAUCAAUUCAGUCCGGCAACAGUGACCAAGGACCUGCUUCGUUUAAACCCAGCGCUCUGAGCCCCAGGAGACGCGGGUGCAGAAGGGCCGUCUGCCCCCCUGAGCUGUCAGCACAGCAGGGGACGGGUGCAUGGACAUCAGCCCAGGCCCGGCGGGCAGGGGGACCUGCCUCCGAGCCCAUGGUGCCAGGACGGCAAAGGUGGGGGAGGACCCCCUCAGUCAGAAAGCACCCUAAGUGAACAGGGGUCCUACCUAACACACAGUGACACCGCUGAGCGGCCUCUUUCUGGUGGACGCUAGAGGUCGGGGGUUUUACCAAAUCGCUCUCUCACUCAGGGACCUACUGUGUUUUCCUGCCGUCUUUGUGCAAAGAAGGUGGUGUCAUGAAGGUGUAGCGAACUUGUGUGUGAGGAGGAAGGGGUCAGUCUGCACUGGGCUUAUGCUUCCACACAGGAAACGGGGGCGAAUACAGGCCUCAGGGGUAAGGUUGGGGUCAGCUCUCCACAUGUAACCCUGCCAGCCUUUUCCGCAGUAUGAAGAGGAGGUUCAGUGGAAUUAAGAAACAUUUGUCUACUACUUUGGUAAAAUAACACUGAAUCAAAGUAUAAUAUUUGAUCCACUACAGUAUCAUAAUGAGAACUAUUUCACAACAUCCUCCAAUUCAAGUUUUGAAAUAAUACUCAUUUUUAAACUUAUUACAAUGGCAAUCUAUGUUCUUUGUAGAAAACUGGAAACAGGCAAAAAGCCCAAAGAAGAAAAUGGAAGCACCUGUUAUUCACUACUCAAAUGCAGCCUCUUAGCAUAUUAGUAAUUUAGUGCAUCACCUUCCAGUAUUGUUUUCUAAAUGCACCUGUGCAUAUGUGCGUGCACACACACGCACACACACACAUAACCAAUCACACUUAACAUUUGUUUUGUGUAAACUCAGUAAAGUUUAACACACAGCAAGCUCAGUAACUGCUGGUUGAAUGGAUGACUGUUUCAUUAUAAAAUAAGGAUUAGAGUAGUAUAUACACUAUGAGGCUAUUCUGAGGAUUAAAUGAAAUAGAGGAAGGACAGCGGGGGUGAUCUUUCUCCAGCUCCAUCAGAAGAGAGAUCUGACUGCUCCUGCCAGACCCCUCCUUGGUCACUCAGGACACCUCCAGCCCUUCCCAACUGCCUGUCUCCCCCUCCCUCCCCUCCCCGCUCCUGUGUGAUCAGAGCACUGCCUCAUUAUAUUGUUGUUCUUAACUGUUUUCUGCAUUUCAUCCUAGACACAGAUACUGUUUUUUCUCCAGAACUCUUUGAGAGCAAGUUGCAAGUAGGAUCCUCAUCACCUGUUAGUAUAAUACUUCGAGAUGAUUUUAUUUAGACAAGGAUGCACUCCCGCACAGUAAAAUCUAGAAACUAACAUAGGUGCAGUAUCACCAUGUAAUUCACAGGCCUGUUUCUGAUUUUGUCCACUCCGCAAGCAAAGUCCUUUAGCGUCCCAGGAUCUGGGACCACUUGUUCCGCGUAGUCACCUGGUCUUUCUAGUUUCCUUCAUUCAAGAAUAUGGGCCUUUUGUGACUUCAUCACUUUGUAACACAAAAGACUACACUUUCACAUUUUUUUUUUUUAAUCUGACAGGUGGUUCCUUGUUUGGAAUUUACUGAUGGUUUCCUGAUGAUUAGAUUCACAUUAUUCAAAAAAUCGGGAAACUCACAGCAGUGAUGCUGUGUUCUUCUCAACAUCAGAAGGCAUCUGGUGCCAACUCGCCUCACGACUAAAGAUGUUAAACUUCAUCAGUUGUUUUAUAAGGUGUUUACCAGAUUUCCCCACUGUAUUUUGUACAUGUUAAUUCAUAAGUGACUGUUAUUAGCUGACAUUCUACUAUAAAGUAAAUCUUUUCUAUCCCA